CCUUUGAACUUCCCGCAGACCCCGUCGUUCCCCAGUAGUCCCAGCAGCAAGUCUCUGAACUUCCCGCAGACCCCGUCGUUCCCUAGUAGUCCCAGCAGCAAGUCUCUGAACUUCCCGCAGACCCCGUCGUUCCCCAGUAGUCCCAGCAGCAAGUCUCUGAACUUCCCGCAGACCCCGUCGUUCCCCAUUAGUCCCAGCAGCAAGUCUCUUAACUUCCUGCAGACCUCGUCGUUCCCCAGUAGUCCCAGCAGCAAGUCUCUGAACUUCCCGCAGACCCCGUCGUUCCUCAGUAGUCCCAGCAGCAAGUCUCUGAACUUCCCGCAGACCCCGUCGUUCCUCAGUAGACCCAGCAGCAAGUCUCUGAACUGCCCGCAGACCCCGUCGUUCCCCAGUAGUCCCAGCAGCAGUCUCUGAACUGCCAGCAGACACUGUCGUCCAGGCCCUGAUCACAGCCCCAAGAUGUCGCGAGGUUUCGUGCUUUUCAUCGUCGCCGCGGCAGCAGCGUCGGCGCAGGCCGCUGACUCGGCUUGCUAUUCGGCGUUGUUGGAUGCCAGCAAUGCUGUGGGAGGAACGGCGUGGUCUGCUUGCUCGCCACAAUACUCUGCGGAUUUGGUGAAAUAUUUGACAUACCGCAACUGCGCUAUCUUCACAGAGCAAGACGCGGCUACAUGCGAUUCAAUGAUUGCCAACUACUCGAAGUGCGGGCUGAAGGCUGCCAAACUACUGAAGGCAGACAACACGUUCGACGACGCGGCCUUCAAAGCAACCACAUUGCAGAACAAAUGCAGUGCUGACGCUAAGUUCAUAGCCGGGUACCCGACUUGCGUGAAGUCCACCAUGAAAUAUUUGAACUUCCUCCGACUAUUCAACUGUCUUGUGAAUGGUAAAUCCAGCGUGAUGUCACAGAAGAACAUUGAAAUGAGCCAGAAGAAGACGAACUGAGCGUCAGAAAACUUUUAUUCUUGCCUAACCCAUUCAUUUGCUUAGAUGUAUUGCAGACAUAUAUUGUAUUAAUAUAUUCAAAUCACAGAUUUUUUACAGUCGAGUUUCACUCUCUCUUACCCAUAAAAUAAAGAUUAAGGGAAUGGAUAGUAGGAUGCAUUUACUAUAUUCAUUUAUCCCUUUGCAUGCAUUAUUUACGAAUUAUGCUAUCACACGUAGUUUCUGGGAUA